AUGUCUAGUCUCGUAAUACUCGUCACGAAUGGAUAUGGCAAGCUGUUCUGCGCUCCUUCUCGAAACCUUCGUGACAGUGGCUGGGGCAGCUACAUCAUUCAACCUUCCAUCUAUUCUUGGGGGAACGCGUCCUUCUCUUCACAACCUCUUUUCGCAUUGAAUCAAUUGAUUCGGCGUCGCGUAAAAGAGGAGAUACCGCUGAUUAUCAUGUCAGUUCUCUUGGAGACCAGCGAAGGUGACAUUGUCAUCGAUCUUCUGGUCGACCAUGCACCCAAACUUUGCGAAAACUUUCUGAAGCUCUGCAAGGUCAAGUAUUACAACUUCUCACCUGUUCAUUCUGUCCAGAAGAACUUCUCCUUCCAAACCGGCGAUCCUCUCGGCCCUCUGUCCAAAGAUUCCGAUGGCGGCUCUUCAAUAUGGGGUCACGUAUCCGGCGACCCAGCGAAACGAACAUUCCCAGCCUUUUUCCACCCCAAGUUGAAACACUUGGAGCGAGGAACAGUCAGCAUGGCUACAGCCCCCCUCCAGUCCGAUCCUGAUACACGAGUGGCUGGAUCUCAGUUUAUUGUCACAUUGGGCGAAGACACAGACUACUUGGACGGAAAGGCAGCGAUCUUUGGAAAGGUCGUCGAAGGCUUUGAAGUACUGGACAAGAUCAAUGAAGCGAUUGUGGACGAGAAGGGCUACCCGCUUAUCGACAUUCGAAUCAAGCAUACGGUUAUUCUGGACGAUCCCUACCCUGACCCGCCUGGCUUGAGAGAACCGAGCUCAAGUCCCCCUCCGACCGCCCAGCAGUUGAAGACUGUUCGAAUCGAAGACGAGGCAGCAUUGCACGCAGAUGACAAUGUCGAUGAGGAAGAGUUGGAAAGGAGGCGUCGCAAUCGCGAGGCACAGGCGCAAGCUCUCACUCUGGAAAUGAUGGGAGAUUUGCCGUUUGCAGAGGUCAAGCCUCCUGAGAACGUUUUGUUCGUUUGCAAACUGAACCCCGUGACUGGCGACGAAGAUUUGGAGCUCAUCUUUGGCCGUUUCGGCAAGAUUUUGAGUUGUGAAGUUAUCAGAGACCAAAAGACUGGCGACAGUUUACAAUAUGCAUUCAUCGAAUUCGAGGACAAGGCGUCAUGUGAGGCAGCCUACUUCAAGAUGCAAGAUGUUCUCAUCGACGAUCGACGCAUUCAUGUGGACUUCUCUCAGAGUGUCAGCAAACUGAGCGAUGUGUGGCGAAAGGAUACGAACAGCAAGCGAAGGGCGACUGCUCACCGAGGCGGAUGGGGAGGUGUCGAUGAGCUCGAGAAGCGCCGACAAUACCGAGAUGAGGGAGAAAGGAUUACGGGUGACUGGGGCGCGGUGGACAGAAACAGGAGAAGGAUGAUGCGCCUCCUCCAAGAUCUCAGGAUGAUGAAGGACCAUCACGUCGACGAAGUCGGAGUCGGAGUCCGCGGCCAAGAGAUCGAAGUCGGGAUCGAUAUCGCAAACCACGAGAUGACCGUCAAGGCGACCGGCGCGAUAGAGAUCAUGAUAGAAACCGAUAUCGGGACCGUGGCCACGAUCGUCGAGACCGAGGUAAAGAAAGGGAUCGAUUUGGACGGGACGAUUAUGAUCGCAGGCCAAGGAGAUAAGGAAGGAUUGGUGGAUUGCGAAACACAAUACAGCAGUGCAACCCUCACAAGCACUGGCGUACUGAGGCGCAAUACCAUUGACGGCAAGCGCUUAGCGUUACUCUGCUAUGCAACAGCUUCAGCUAAUUUUAAUAAGGAAUGCAUCGUACGGCAUUACACGAAAAUGGAAUAUCCCCAUAACACGAGUUUGACAGCUACCUUGAAGGAGAACCUCGUCGCUGAAUUCAAUGCUUUACUUCGUGAUAUGCAAACACCAACUUCCUCUCAUCUCACAUACGGUCCUUCACCGGAAUUUCUUCUCCAAGCAACGGAAGACAAUGUGGACUACUCAGUUGAACACACACUGAACACCGUCUCUUUUGGACGUUCAGCAGAUCACAACGCCCAGCAAGGGGAAUCCACUCUCGUCAAAGCAUCCAGACAUUAUAGAUCGCCACGCCACAACAUGUUUGGCUUUACAUCCAAAUACUGUAUUUUGUACGAGCUUGCUGGCUGUCUGUCAUUCAGUCGAACACUCCAGAACCUGUCGCUGCUUCUCUACCUAUGGAUCAAAAACCCGUCAUUCUCGGCUAUGCUUGCUUCUCCUGUGCCUUCUAGAGACACGGGCGGGCACAACUUCCAGCUCAUCAAUACAGGGCACACGGGGGUGAGACCGCCAUGCUCUCACCACAUCGAAGACUAUGUAACACCCCAAGUAAGGCUUGUUGCGGCCGAGCUUGGGCUUAUUCGAUAA